UCGACCAUUUAGAGCACUCAUAUCAUACCACCGUCUGUUCCGGUAGCCUGUUUCUUUGCUUUUAUAUUAAAGCUCAUUUUCUUUGUGCUCUUCCACCACUAAUCUCAUCGCCAUCGCUGCUACUAUUACCCUCUACAACUUCACUAGAAUCCUCUUCUAUCUGCACACAUGGGGAAGAUCAAGAUCGGAAUCAACGGAUUUGGAAGGAUUGGAAGGUUGGUGGCUAGAGUGGCUCUUCAAAGAGAUGAUGUUGAGCUUGUUGCUGUUAACGAUCCGUUUAUUUCCACUGAAUACAUGACAUAUAUGUUCAAGUAUGAUACAGUUCAUGGUCAAUGGAAGCAUCAUGAGUUGAAGAUUAAGGACGAUAAGACACUUCUCUUUGGUGAGAAGCCUGUCACAGUCUUUGGUGUUAGGAACCCAGAGGAGAUCCCAUGGGCUGAAACUGGAGCAGAGUAUAUUGUGGAAUCAACUGGUGUUUUCACUGACAAGGACAAGGCUGCUGCUCAUCUAAAGGGUGGUGCUAAGAAAGUCAUCAUAUCAGCCCCAAGCAAGGAUGCUCCCAUGUUUGUUGUUGGUGUUAAUGAGAAGGAAUACACACCAGAUCUUCACAUUAUAUCCAAUGCUAGUUGCACUACAAACUGCCUUGCUCCCCUCGCCAAGGUCAUUAACGACCGAUUUGGCAUUGUCGAGGGUCUUAUGACAACUGUCCACUCCAUCACUGCUACACAAAAGACUGUUGAUGGGCCAUCAAUGAAGGACUGGAGAGGGGGAAGAGCCGCUUCCUUCAACAUCAUUCCUAGCAGCACAGGGGCUGCUAAGGCUGUUGGAAAGGUGCUGCCUUCUCUGAAUGGGAAACUUACAGGAAUGGCUUUCCGUGUUCCCACCGUCGAUGUCUCCGUGGUUGACCUGACGGUGAGGCUAGAAAAAUCAGCAACAUACGAGCAAAUUAAAGCUGCUAUCAAGGAAGAGUCGGAGGGCAAGCUGAAGGGAAUAUUGGGUUACACCGAGGAUGACGUGGUUUCCACCGACUUUAUCGGCGACAAGAGGUCAAGUAUUUUUGAUGCCAAAGCUGGAAUUGCUUUGAAUGACAAAUUCGUCAAGCUUGUGUCUUGGUAUGACAAUGAGUGGGGUUACAGCACACGAGUGGUUGAUCUGAUCGUCCAUGUUGCAUCAGUUCAUUGAGGUGUGGUAGUAAUAUCGCGCGGCUGACUGUGAAGCCUGUCGGAUUGUGUCUUAUGUUAAUAAUUGAGGCUAAACCAAAAUAAGAAAUUUGUUUAAAGACAGGAAUGUUUUUGAGCGCUUAAGGGCAGUAGCAUGGCUGUCUUAAUAGUGUUAUUUAGGCUUUUGGUCUUUGCGGAAGUUUAAAUUCCUCUGAAUGGAUUUGAAUUAUUUUGUCUUGUUAAA